GACUUAGUCUGAUGAUUGAUUUUGCUGCUGAGUUUAGAUGAAAAGGAAAUAUGCCUGGUCUUCGAAUUUUGUGUUUGCUUUGCAUUACUGCAUUAGCUUUUGGUUUUAAGACUCCUACCAAGAAACUGCAAGAAUAUAGUGACGAUGCAGUUGAUGAAGAAGUUGAAUAUCUGCUAGAGCGUUGGGUUAAACAAGCGUCCAAUAAACUUGAAAAUCCAGAAGAGGCUUCUCAAGAAGACAGGAAACGUGCUUACUUGUCCAAAUUACGAAGUGUUGGCUAUACCCGUGCGCUUAAUGUUACUAAUGGAGAAAGGUGGGGUGAAUGGCGCGAAGCACAAUUUUGCGAAGAAGGCGCCUACGCAGUUGGAUAUGACUUGAAGAUUGAACCUUACCAAGGAUCUGGUGACGAUACUGCCUUGAAUGCUAUAAAACUCAUUUGUGAGUAUCCAGACGGAGGAUACGGAGGGACUCCAACUUCAGCCGUGGGACCAUGGGGUAAUUGGGAAGGCUAUAGUACCUGUGGAUCAAACCGCGUUCUUAUCGCAUUCUCGCUACAAGUGGAAGCCUGGGUCAGUUCAACAUUUGAUGACUCAUCAGCAAACUUUGUGGCAUUCAAGUGUCGAGAUUUAGGUGGCCGUAUCAGAGAACACCAGUUUCUACUUUCAUCUGGGCGUGGUAAAUGGGGAGAGUAUGGCGACUGGAGUCCGAGUUGUCCUCCUGGCGAAGGUAUCUGUGGACUGAAGACGAAAGUUGAAUCUAGUUGUGGGUCGUGUGAUGACACUACAUUAAAUGAUGUCAUAUUUUAUUGUUGCAACUGGUAAAACGGACAUGAACUGAAUCGAGAUUUUAUAACUGGUGAAACUAAAAAAUGAAACGGACAUGAAUUGAAUGGAGAACGUAGAAUUUAAAUAAGAAAUUGACCCUCACCUGUUUGAAAUUUCAUCAGUUAAAAACAUCGGAGUAAUAUGAUUUGCUUUAUUUAAUUAAUGUUUUAUCUAAUAAUAUGUCACGUUAAGCAUAAAGUACAUUUUAUAAGAGUGUAAGUUAAAAUAACACUUUGUUAUCAUGUAUAUAGGCUUGGCAAUUUUGAGAUAUUGUAUGAAACAAAAACCUUCAUACUUCAAAAUUCGAUCAUAAGUAUACAUUGCCUUGGAUAACAAUAAAACCAAACUAGCAUCUAUUAUAGCUCUCCUGUAUAUUGUUAAUCAAUGAGCGAAAUUCAUUGUCUGAAAUGGUUGAAUUCAUCAAUAUUUUGCACGAAGCACAUGUGCAUUUUUGUGCUUCACAUACAUAUUAUGUUCAUGCUACUAACUGGCGUUCCAGAAAUAUAAGGUCUUAACUUUAUACAUUCUUCGGAAACGGCAUUGAAAGAUUGAAAGGGCCCUAACUCGAACAUAAAAUCUUUCUUGUUUGACACUGUUAAUUGAGCUAAAAGUGACAUUGCGUUAUUAUAUAGUUGUAUCUGUUACUUAAGACUCAUUUUGUUCGUUAGGUGUUAGAAAUAUUUAUUUGGCCUAAAAAUUUUCGUUGUUUCCGGUAACAUGCUAAAAAAAUUAGGGUAGGUAGGUCUGAUUUUUUAAAAAUUAUUUUAUUUUAUUAUGGGAGACUUUUCGGAAUUUAUUUUUGUGUCAAAAAUGAAUACAAAUAAGAGGGUUAUGCCUUUAGAGCAUCAGUAAGUUUAUUUCUAACAUCACUGGCCAUGUUUAAAGCAUAAAAAGUGCAGUUUCGCAACUUUUUGUUAACAAGUUGAAAAAGAUAUUCUCCAAGGCCAUAAAAACAUUUAGGGUCGGGCCAAAAAUUUAGGGUAGGUCGGGAUAUCGGAAACAAACAUUUUUUUACGCCUUACAGAAAAAAGUCGGAUCUGCCACUUACAACCAGUGUUAUAGUUAUUAUAUUGUAAGUAGCAGAUACGACCUUUCAUUAUUGACGACUGUAAAAAAAAGAUGUAAAGAUAAUUUUUAAAUAUAUUCAGCUCAGUAAUUUUAUGACAAUCUAAAAGCUGUCACUAUGAGGUCAAAAUAUGGAUACGAGCCGUUUCGGUGUUAAAACUGUAAAGCAAAAUAUACAAUAGUGAUAGUGAUAUAGUGUUUUUUUUUCAGUUUUCACAAAAGUACUUACGACCUUUUAUAUCUGGGACAACACAAUAUAUUAAUACGAAUCACAGCCUUAACUGGGCUUAAAUGGGUUACAUGCGGCGGGCAAAUUAAACUGCAAAUAAUGCUCAGCACCUUAGUUCAGAAAUAUUGGCCGGUUCGCCUUUGGUGGCAAGUGAUUCAGCCUCUGCUGCCAGUGCAGACCAAGACCAGCCUGCACGUCCAUCUGCACUGUUUGCUAAUCAGUCGGUAGAUUUUGAGUGAACACCCCUUUGAAUAAUAAAUGGUAUUGCCCAAAUUGAUUGAUAGACCGGUCCAUUUUAGAAAUUUAGCAGGGUAAAGUUUAAACAGUUUAGGAGUGACAUAUAUGUAAGACAACAUUUCAAAAUGUAUGCUUUUCAGAAUGAAUUUAACCGUGAGCAUCAUUUAAGUGAUUCCCUAAAACAGAUUUAAACUAAUUACACUAUAAUAUAACCAGUUAAAACCAAUACGACUAACCCCCUAUUUGUCCCUAUGUUACUAAAGAAUAAUUCACUGUUACAUAGUGUUUAAGAAAACAAAGGGAAAUUUAUACUUAUAUUUUGUAUUACUAAACAAAUAAUCGGUCAUUCCUUCAGACCGUAAGUUAAAUCGGACACAUCUUUGAGUCAAAGCCUUCUUUUAGCAAUGCUCUUUUUCUCAAGAACUGGUCUUGUUAUACUUUUUAGAGGUUUGCCAUGGUGAACACAAAUAUUAGAAUACAGACCUUUUGAUUCAAAAACUAAAGACUUUAAAUCUUAUUUGUAUGCUUUGUAUGAACCUCGGUUACGCGUAGUAAAAUAGCUUUUGUAGAUUUUAAUGUACAAAGCUUUUGUUGCCUGCAAAAGAUAAAUAACCAAUAUAUAUAUUAGUUAUAUGCUAUGUGCAGCUUAACUCGAUUUAUAUAAUAUUGACUCUUUUUCGACUUAUAAAAGGUUUGCAUGUAAGUAACUUUCAGAUUAUAUCACACUAAUUACAUAUGUUGAAUUGUAACUUUACACAAUGUUUCCUGCAAAUCAAACCUAUGGUUGAUUUUGUUUAGCAAAUUAUUGCCCUUUUUGACAUAGAAAGUUUUGUUAAAGUUAUGCGUCCAAUUAACUUUCAAGCUGUAUCUCAGCAACAGUUCAAUAUUGAAACUUCACGAAAGGUUUCCUACCCGUCUAAUGUACUUACAUAACCAAGUUAGAUAACUCUAUGUUGACUUUGUUUAACGAAUUAUUGCCCUUCCUAGGCUUUGAAAAUAUGAUUUAACUUUUGCUUGCAAGUUUCUAAUACAAAGCUGUAUCUCAGUAACAAGUAGGCCUAUAGAUGUUGGACUGAAUCUACACAUAGAAUAUACAUAGCUUUCAAACCUACAUAGAAAACCAAGUCAGAUAACUCUUGGUUACAUUUCUUGGCAAAUUACGGCCCUUUUUGAAUUUAGAAUUUCUGGUACAUUGUGUAUAAGAAUUCAUAGUUUGUUUAUUAGUAUCCUUAUCACUGUAGUAAUUUCUUUCCAAUAGUCGAGCAGGCUGUCUUACAAACAUCUUUUGUUUGAAUCAGAUGUAUUUUUAACAAUGCAUGCUUUUAUAUUCGUCUAUAUUUCCGUAUUAGUAACUUACGGAAUCCUGUUGAGGCUGUCACUCGUCACUAAGGUUGUUUGGUCGACGCGAGACAACAAAGCGACAUCAGGUCGCAAUAUUCAGCAGUAGGAAAUUAGGAGAAUGCUACGCUAAAUCGCGACAGUUGUGUCGUUUGUCAUGUCAAGAUGUGUUUCUUUUUGUGUCGCAUUGUAGCUAAACAAUUGUCAUGGACCUACCUUAUGUGGACACAGUCGUUUCUUUCGGGUCGUAAUGUCGCAAUUUAAUUAUGUCGCAUCGUUUUGUCGUACCUAAUGAGACGACAUCGCAACAACCCUAACAGCAUUCCGUAGUUACACAAAGAAUUCAAAGUAGAUGUAAUUUUAAUACCUUUUGCUUUCCUUUGAAUGCAUGUGUGUGUGUGCAAAAACCUUUGUCUAUCAAUAAAGUAUUAUAUCUGCUGUAA